UCUGAUCUCUGUCUGCCUCUGACUCGUCCUAUUGUUCAUCCUGUGCUGUGGGCACUGGAAAGAAACCAUCCUUUCCAGAAUGAAUCUCUUCUGCUUCUCUUUGGAGGGCUCUACGGACAGCCUGUAUGAGGCCGUGCAGGAGUCCUGUGAGGCUAAGGUGUACACCAUCCCGAGCAGGUCCUGCAGCCCAGCUGUUCUCUCAGAUGACGCCACCAAAUGGAGAAGCGCGGGGCGUUCCAUCUCCAUGGAAAUUUCACAAACCAACUCAGACAACACAAGAAAAAAGAAACAAAGUUCACUACCAAAAUCUGUUUCUGAAAAUGAAGCUUUAGAUAAUACCAUCUGCACUAAUUCUGCCUGUCCUGUUGCCAAAAUGCAGGAAGAUUUAGUCCUCCUGAGGAACAAUCAGAAUGAAGAUAUGGUGAGAGCUAUAAGAAGGGCCGAAAGCCAGACAAUGGCAGACAGAAAGACAAUUCCAAGAAACAUACAGCAAGAGAUUCCUGUCCAGAUUGUCUAUUAUGAGGGGUGUAAUCUAAACCAAGAUCGGCUAAGCAGCAGACAGAAUGGCAUGGGGCUAGAACAACAGUUGUCCCCAUACGGGCCUGAAACAGGAAUUGCAGAGAUGACACAGCUAAGAGGGACAAGGAUGAAAAAAGUAGAGAGGAAAAGUAGUAAAGGAGGAACUCCAACACAAGAGACAACAGCUCACAUCAGAGGUGCCAAAGGAAUGAUGUGUGACACUGGGCCACAGUCAGAUAAUCGAGAGAAUUUGUGUACCUCUGCUGUGGGGUCAAGGGUCACAGAGACAGCACCCGCCAGACAUCGCUGGAGUAACCCCACUGAAACAGCCUUAAACUGGGUACCAGCCUACAACACCCGUCUACCUCCCUGCAAUGAAUAUCGAGUGCACAUCUGUGACUGCACUACAUCCAGAAUCCAAGGUCAAGCAGAUAAAAUCAAUGUUCAAAACACAAAGAAAGACUCCUUGCCCAAAGGAGUGUUGUGUUCCAGCACCAGUGUAGAUUUCUGUGCCUCCAAUCGAUCCACCAGUUUUGGAAGAUUUGACACAUUCAGAAAUCAACACUCCCCUUCCAAACUUGAGGAAAAUGGAGCACCUGAAUCAGAGGGUGAGUCAACAGCAGAAAACUGUGAGAAACCGGGAAGUCUGGGAAAAAAGAUGAAAGCCAUCUCGAUGACUAUGCGUAAAAGGAUGGCCAAGAAACACGUCAAAUCCUUCUCUGAGGACAUGGGUGAUGACACUGAGGGAGAAACAGAGAAUGGGUCUCCAGCAGAGAAGAGCUCAGACCACACCAGCAACUCAUUAGAAAGCCUCUACAGUGGACAGAGCUUGUCCAGCUCAGGUGGUGUUGCUAGCAGUUCAGAUGUAUCCAGUAACAGAGACAGCCUGAAACUGGAGGAGGAAGUGCCCUACACGGGGCAGUUCUGCGGGCGAGCCAAAGUACAUACAGACUUUGUCCCUAGUCCAUAUGAUACGGACUCCCUCAAGCUGAAGGUGGGAGACAUCAUCAACAUCAUAAGUAAACCACCUAUGGGCAUAUGGACAGGAAUGCUUAAUAAUAAAGUGGGAAAUUUCAAGUUUAUUUAUGUGGAUGUUCUGCCUGAGAAAGAGAAGGAAGAAGAAGAGGAGACUCCAAAAAUAAGACCUGUGAAAGUAUGCAAGAAGCCACGACCAAAUACACUCCUGGAGUUAUUAGAGAGACUUCAUUUAGAGGAAUAUGCAUCUUCAUUACUCCUCAAUGGCUACCAGACAGUAGAUGAUCUCAAACAUCUGAAAGAGAGGCAUUUGAUUGAGCUGAAUGUGACCGAUCCAGAGCACAGACGCAAGUUGCUUGCUGCAUCAGACUGCCUCUAUGUCACAAGCAAAGAUGAAGAGGGAGAGAUGAAGGGCGAUGAAGACGAAGAUAAUGACUGUCCCAGAGACUCGGGUUGUUUUAUUCCUGCAGAGUGUCCUGACAGCUGAGAGUUAUCGAAUGUCUCUCUCCUGGUAUAAUUUAAUGUUAAAGCUACAAACAGACACAGUUCAACUCUGUUAAUAUAUUUUCUUUUGUCACAAUGUGUGUUCGUCUUUCAUUUGAAUGUACUUGUGUUUUGUAUUUACACAUUUUUUGUUCAGCUUUGUGUUGAAGUAACCUAUUUCUGUUCAUGUAGAUGUUAUGUGAAAUUCCAUGGCACCAUACUUAUGUGUGAGGAAUUUUACAGCUUUGUUUAUCAAAACAACGCUUACAAAUGUUUAUCAUGACUGAAAUGUAUAUAAUGUUAUUAAAAAUAAAUUAUUUAUUCUGAAGUUUUCUUUUCUUCCUCAUUUUGCUGUGUUUGAACACAUUGCUACUGCUGCUAAAAUUCAUACUAUUCACUUUCCAUUUGUUUCUCAAAAUAACUAUUUGGGUUGGGUGGGCGUUUGGUGGGAUGAGGUUCCAGAUGACUAGUCACGUGCGAUGAGUGAUAAGGAGGUAUCGUUUCAAAGCACUUUCCUGUUUCCAUCCUACCUGAAUUAAUGCUUAAUACGCAACUCCUCUCUCUGAAUAAUAUGCUAAUAUAUAUUGGCAAUGACUAAUAUUUACUGAUAUAAUCUUGAUUCCACCUAAAUAUGU